CAGCAUUUCAUCCACGAUUAAUGUGAUGGCGCCGCUUUCGAGAUUGCUUGCUCUUCAAUUUUUUGUUCAAUCGCCUCCUGUACGCAUCUUUGGAAUUGCAAAGAAAACAAGGAUGAAUGCCUUGUCGUCCUCUGAUAAGGAGCUACUUCUUGGUCCCUUGUUGAACGAACAUUCUUGGAUCUCUUUUCCUGAACAUCGUACAGGCGAUGCAAUUAAGAAGUCGUUCGUUUUUAAAAACUUUGACGUUGCUUUUGAAUUCAUGCAAGAUGUCGCUGCGAAAGCCAAGGAAAUGAAUCAUCACCCUGAAUGGUUCAACGUCUACAAUAAGGUGGAUAUCGUGUUGACAACGCACGACGCCGGGGGUUUGUCAAAAAAAGACAUCGAACUAGCAUUAUUCAUCAACGAUGCUGCAUCGAAACACAACGCAAAACUACCGCAUCAGUAGUGAACAACACAAGAACUGACGACCGGUGUCGAUGCUGCCCUUUCUGGAUGCGAAUUGUUUUGACUUUUGUUUCGAUUUACAUGUGUGUGCUAACUGAACCUGGUCGUCCACCUGUCCUUUUCUGACAUCGCCUUUCCACUACUCAAAUCCGAUGGCUGACGAGGUGUCUUGCUCCUCUGCCGAAAUUUGCCAUGAAUCCCCUUGUGGAUUAACUCAUGCGUCGUUUAGGUCACAGAUUAUUGAUCGAUCUUUUUGCAUUAUUUUGCUACCUAACUUUGUCUACAUCACUGCCUUCCUACUUUCUUGGUCAAACGGGCAGUUAUCCAUCCGAUUCAUACUUUUGCGCACCUAUCGCUGCAACGCCUUGGCUGUAGUCCAUAACUGAUACACGCGUAGAGUACAUUUGACCGAGGAAUUCUUUUGAUGACAUCCUGGGUCCACCUUUUGCGAUGUAUUGUUAUUCGUGCCUUGCACUCAAUAAGGCGAUUUCGUGUGGGGGUGCACUUAGUUUAUAGCUCUCGUCCGUCACUUCUGCUCGAUUGUCCCAUAGUUAUCUGGAUAUGGUAAUUUCCAAGGUUUUAAAAUACAAAUCGGUUUUUCUAUAGGCUUGUAUUGUGACAACGUUUCGCCCUUGACACAAGA